UGGUGAUCCCUUGCUGUGAGCCAGGUUCUGGGCUGGGCUCUGGAGACAGCAGUGAGUGAGAGAGACACACGCCUCUACACUUUUGGAGUUGACAGUGCUGUGAAGGGUGACAGGCAAACAGAUCAGCUGUUAACUAAGGCAGCGGAGGAGGAGGAAGAGAUGGACCCCCCGGACUCGGCCUCGAGGGUCUUCUGCAGCCGCAUCCUGAGCAUGGUGAACGUGGAUGACGUCAAUGCCAUCAUCCUGGCCCAGAAGAACAUGCUGGACCGCUUUGAGAAGACCAACGAGAUGCUGGUGAACUUCAACAACCUGUCAAGUGCCCGCCUGCAACAGAUGAGUGAGCGCUUCCUGCACCACACAAGGACCCUGGUGGAGAUGAAGCGGGACCUGGACAGCAUCUUCCGCAGGAUCAGGACGCUGAAAGGGAAGCUGGCCAGGCAGCACCCGGAGGCCUUCAGCCACGUCCCAGAGGCGUCCCUCCUGGAGGACGAGGAUGAAGACCCCAUCCCGCCCAGCACCACAACCACCAUCGCCACCUCAGAACAGAGCACAGGCUCCUGUGACACCAGCCCCGACACUGUCUCACCUUCCCUCAGCCCUGGCUUCGAGGACCUGUCCCAUGUCCAGCCUGACUCCCCUGCCAUCAAUGGCCGCAGCCAGACAGAUGACGAGGAGAUGUUGGGCGAGUAGCCCUGCUCCCAGGCACUCCAAGGGGUCUCAGGGCAGUGGUGGCACUCCCUAUGUGUCUGAGGUGGCAGCAGGUAACCCUGCCUCAA